AUGCAUGUCGGGAUGAUGAGGACGAAGAAAUCGAAGCGAGCAGUUCUCCGUCAAGCCAGUAUGCAGCGGCGGAGGGUUUUCGUGGAUCUCCGAUGGUCCAAUAAGGGGGGGUCGAGGCUGGGAGGAGCACCCCCGCUCCCGCUCCUCUGCACUACAUCUUCACCAAAAAUUCAUCUCUUGCAUCUCCACGAGAAAAUCGAACACCUCACCAGCAACAUCGAACGGAGUCCCUUGCCGUCACGCGACCUCGCCGUCACGCCGUCUUCAGGACCUCGCCGGACUCUUCAGGACCUCGCCGGAAUUUGUAAAUGUCUUGGUUGUAUCUAUGUACAGCGAGAGUCAAAAUCAUCAGACUUCAAGGAUGUUUCAGGUGUUGUCAAUGAAAGAAUUCGAGAAGCUCAUCAAGAUAAGUAUGCUCCAAAGAUGAUGCUUUUCCCAGAAGGUACAACCACCAAUGGAGACUAUCUUCUUCCAUUCAAGAGUGGUGCAUUUCUGUCAAAAGCUCCAGUUCUUCCUGUUAUUUUAAGAUAUCCUUUUCAUAGAUUUAGUCCCGCAUGGGACACCAUAUCCGUGGUACUGAGACACAACAAUGGGAAGUUUGGUGUAGCUGGGAUAUGCAAUGGUGGAGGAGGUGCAUCUUCUCUUGUUCUUGAGCUCAUCAAAGAGAGGCCUGUGGGGAGGGUCGCACGGUCAAUGGUAUGA